CGGCCUAACCAGCAGCGGGCGCCUUUAAGAGCGAGCGCUGGUUAACCGGGGGCGGGAGCCGCCGGCAGCCGGCAAGGCGGAGGCACUGCCGGGCGAUGCCCCGACUCUCCGCCGCCGCCUCGGCCUCCUCCUGCGCCGGGGGAUCGGAGCUGUGGAGCUGCGGUGCGAUGUCCGCAAAGUUCCGGGAGGCAGCGGUCGCCUACUCCUCGCCGUCCCGCCCCGGCGCCUUUUGUGCGAGGCAAAAGGAUUCUUGUGGAAGAUGGAGCUGUGUCCAUUUUCCAGAAUGUGUAUCCGAGCCCAUCAGUGGAACCUGACCUGACAGUGCUGUAUGGAAAUGCCCGAAGAGGAGCCACGUUUCUGCCUCAACCUGCCAUCCUCCUAAAAACAUGGUUGUCUCAGGAGUGUUGACUGCUCCGGCAGUGUUGACUGCACCCCAUACUGGGACAUCCAACACGACGUUUGUAGUCUUUGAAAACUCCCAUGUGAAUAUUACGGCUCCGCUACCAUUUCAGCAUCCUAGCACUGGUCCGCUGCUUAGAUACAGCCUUGAAACCAUGACUAGCCCUGGAUUUAGCUCCUUGGCAGUGAACAGCACAGCUGUGACCCCAGCACCAGCAGUUUCUAAGAGCCUAAACUUAGCGGUUCAGAUUAUCCUUUCAGCUAUAAUGAUAUUUAUUCUCUUUGUAUCUUUCCUUGGGAACUUGGUUGUUUGCCUCAUGGUGUACCAAAAAGCUGCCAUGCGUUCUGCAAUUAACAUCCUCCUUGCCAGCCUGGCGUUUGCAGACAUGCUGCUUGCAGUACUGAACAUGCCCUUUGCUCUGGUUACCAUUCUUACUACCAGAUGGAUAUUUGGGAAAUUCUUCUGCCGGUUGUCUGCUAUGUUCUUCUGGCUGUUUGUGAUAGAGGGAGUAGCCAUCCUGCUCAUUAUUAGUAUCGAUAGGUUUCUGAUUAUAGUUCAGAGGCAAGAUAAGCUAAAUCCCUACAGGGCUAAGGUCCUCAUUGCAGUCUCCUGGGCAACUGCUUUUUCUGUAGCUUUUCCUUUGGCCGUUGGAAACCCUGAUCUGCAGAUACCUUCCAGAGCCCCACAGUGCGUGUUUGGGUACACAACCAAUUCUGGAUACCAGGCUUAUGUGAUUUUGAUUUCACUCAUUUCCUUCUUUAUACCUUUCCUGGUGAUAUUAUAUUCAUUUAUGGGCAUCCUCAAUACCCUUCGGCACAAUGCCUUGAGGAUUCAUAGCUACCCUGAAGGGAUAUGCCUCAGCCAGGCCAGCAAACUCGGUCUCAUGAGUCUACAGAGACCCUUCCAAAUGAGCAUAGACAUGGGCUUUAAAACACGUGCCUUUACCACCAUUCUGAUCCUCUUUGCCGUUUUCAUUGUCUGCUGGGCCCCAUUCACCACCUACAGCCUUGUGGCUACCUUCAGUAAGCACUUCUACUAUCAGCACAACUUCUUUGAGAUUAGCACCUGGCUACUCUGGCUCUGCUACCUCAAGUCUGCAUUGAACCCACUGAUAUACUACUGGAGGAUUAAGAAGUUCCACGAUGCCUGCUUGGAUAUGAUGCCCAAGUCUUUCAAGUUCUUGCCACGGCUCCCUGGUCACACAAGGCGACGGAUUCGCCCUAGUGCCGUCUACGUGUGUGGGGAACAUCGGACGGUGUUGUGAAUACCCGAACUCUUGAAACAUAUAGAGCGAUUAUGGUUUUUGAUUGACUGAGUUUUUUUUUUUUUCAUAUGGCUUCUAAAGUUUUAUUGGUUUUUAUAGUGUGUGUGCGUGUGUGGGGGUGUGGGUGUGUGUGUAAAAGGAAUGGUAAAUACUUUGAAACCAAGGAUAUAUUGUAAGAAAGUGGUCACAUAUGUUUACCUCUAGGUUAAGAAAAUUUUCAAGUGUGUAUCGGGAGUGGAUUUUGUUAGUUCAGUUGACUGGUUUUAUUUUUGUAGCAUGAAUCGGGAUUGCGCUUCAUUGAACCUGCAGCUAACUUGAAUUGUAGGUGGUUUUUAUGCUGCUGAGUGAGGUAAGCUUAGUUGAGUUGAUCAGUUCCUUUUCCUCUCCCACAAGCCACUGCUGCUCAUUGCUAUCUUAUCAGAGUCAAAUCCCUCUGCCUCUCAGUUGGUAGAUAUUAAGUUUUAUUUAAAAACAAACCCCAGGGAAGUUAGUGGCGUUGUAAAGGUUAUUACAGUUUACUUUGGAGCACUUUAAGAGACAAUGUACAGAUUCAUUCAGUUGUAUUUCUUAGAAUCGUUUUUAAUACAUGACAUGUUGUGUCAUGGGAGAUAUGCGCUGAUGAUGUCUAGAUAGAUGGCUUUUACUAAAAAAUGUUUUAGCUGCAUGUACAAUUUCAAAAAGGAACAUAAACACGUAGGGAUGUUUCUAAGCACAAUGGUGAGUUUUCAGAGUACCUGGGAAACACUGAGGCGACGCAGCACUGUUGUGAACUUCAGGGAGGAGCAGGAGAGGGUGUCUGGUCCAGCCUGAGGCCGUCCUGCUGAUUCAAAAAUCGUCACCAGUUUAGAGCUGAGGAAGCACCGCUCUGCAGUGGUGCGGUAUGCAAGGCGUUGUGCAACUGUGUCCCACUCUGCAGUGGUGCAGUAUGCAAGGCGUUGUGCAAUUGUGUCCUUGUGGCUUUUUUUUUGUGAGGUAGGCUUCCUUUAUUUCCUUUUUAAGGGUGAAGAAAGCCAAAUUUCAGAGGGACAACAAUCCUGCCCAGGGACUUUGGAUGAGCUGGGCUCCAGACAGACAUCUGAGAUGCAGACACAGCUCUUCCAUUGUACCACCUAGGCUCCUCACUCAUGGUAAACCUGCCAUAGUCAAGGGGAACUUCACAUUCUGUCUCUCUCUCUGUCUCUCUCUGUCUGUCUCUCUCUCUCUCUCUGCCCCUCCGUCCCUCCGUCCCUCCGUCCCUCCCUCCCUCCCUCCUUCCCUCCCUCCUCUCCUGUCUUCUCCUUUCUGAGACAGCAUUGCAGGAAGCUCAAGUACGCCUUGAAGUUGCUAUGUGUCUGGGAAAGACUUAGACUUUCUAAAAGACACAGCAGACCCAGCCUUUCAAACGGAAGAGGAAAUCAGAUCCUUUCAAAGAUCUGAUGAUGAAUAAAAACUUAAAUCUAUAAAGCAAGUGACUGACAGUUACCGAGUGCUCAGCUCACCUGUGUGUAGGUCUUACCCUGGCAGCUUUGGAAGUUUCCAGCAAUCUAGCUAUAGUAGGGCCUUUUGUCUCAGUGCUUGCCUUAGCAGAGCUGAAGUUGUAAACAAACUCAGGUAAGUCUUCCACAGAGAAGGGAAGCUAAACCCUGGUCAGAGCUUAGAUCAACUUUAAUAGGUCGGGCUUUGGGUUUCUCUUUAUUUAUUUAUUUAUUUAUUUUAGUAGUCUGCCUGUUCUGGUGCACCCAGAACCUUGGUCAGCUUCUCUUUGUUACCAGUGGUACAGAUAGAACAGCCAGCCGGAGUGGAACUGCAGACUGAAGCCAAAAGGGCUAAAUGCAUGACUUUCUGGCUGUGUCCUAGGCUAACUCAAAUGUAGAGCACCUUUUCAGAAUUUUACUGCUUUCUGAGCCAUUGGGAAAAACAGCGCUGCAUUUCUUCAGUUACAAAAACCCAAGUUAGAUGCAAGAGUUGCUCACAUUUUACCCAACCCUGAGGGCUUUUUGUUGGCCCCCUCCACUGCCCCCAUAUGCAGUGUAGUUAUAAGAGCCCAGCCAAUGGUAUAACUAUCGUCUGGUCUCCAGGGUUACUUUACAUCUGCUUUGCUAGCUCUUUCUUAAAAUGGGCGUCUGAAGAUCUCUGGCAUCAUAAUCAGAAAUUGGGAUGUUGGAAAUUUGUUUACAACACCAACCACCUGGGAAAUUCUGCUCUUGAGGCGAUUUGAGGCAAUUGCAAUGAUGUUGUAAUUCACGUCUGCCUAAAUAGCUCUAGGGACACUAUUUGCCACAUCAUGUUGAGGUCACUGCGUAUGAUAGCCACCUACCUCUUUAAUUUCUAAUUUAUAUUUAUCAAAGGUAAAUAUGUCUUUGUCCAUUGACAUCACAUAGGACAGUAGUAGAUAUUAGCAAUAUGUUUUCCAUUGCCAAUCUAAACCAGAUUUUAGGCAGAUAUUAAUACAGAUGUUAAAAGUUCAACUGUCAGGAAAGACAGCGCUGUGAAUAUUGAUAGCUCGGUAGCUUCUGAGACUUCUUUUGUGACCGUAGUUGAACUGGGUUUCUCAUUCUAUAUUCUUGCUUAUGUGCAGUUGAAGGUACUCUCUUCUGCUUUAUAGGUAAGUGCUCUGGGGAGACUGCAGAGCUAACAGGAGCAACCAUGGGGAAGCAGACAUACAACAGUAGCUUUCCUACACUGGAUAAUCUGGUCAGACUACAGUUUACAGAUCACUUUAGAUAUUUUAAUUAUAUAUACAUUUUGAAAGUUUUAGGAAAAAAUACUGUGGUGUACCGUUAAGGAAUUUAGGUAUAAAAUUGCAUGUUGCCUAUUAUUCCAUGUUUUCUUGAUGGGGAAAAUACCACUACAAACCACUGCUGACUGACAUAAGCAGAAAUUACUUAUUUUUCCUCCUAGUUAAUAUGCAUGAAAGAAAUAAGAAAAUAUUUGUUGUUAAAGAACAAAAAGAGUAAAGAGACAUUUCAAAUAGUUUGCAGUAGUGAUAUUUAAAUUUAAUACAGGUUUGAAUAUCCAUAGGAAGGCUAACAAUAUAAAUUCCUGGGCCUCUGGGUCAAAGGUUGGAUGCAGGAAUGUUUAUUUUCUUUCUGUUGAAUAUUUUGCCUGAUUCUGGUUCAGAUGGUCCCCAGAGCACAAUUACAAGAAACGCUCCUGUAGAAAAUAAGAAUUUCAUUGAAAUACUGUCUCUUUUAUCUUAGAGUAGUUGUGUGUUGGGAGCCAGUGGGGAUACUCAGUGAAAGGCAGUCUACAUGGUGUGUGCCUGUCCGGUUGCCACAUGUGCUGGCACAGAUUUGGCCAGCACCAGCUUUCCUUUCUUUGCACUGGCGAAGUCUGAUGAACCAUGUGGUUUCACAGUAGGGGUCAACAAAUGACUCACUAAUUGUAAGUCAUGACUUCCACAAGGCUAAUUAGUAUAGUAUUUUUUUUUUCCUGCAGAUGUCUCUGUAGGGCAUCUCUUCAUUAUAUGUAAUUUCCUGGAGAGAGUGAGGAAAAUGUAAAGGUUCAUCUAACUCCUAGUUCUCUGCUCAGACCGGGUGUUCAGCUAGAGCAUGGAGUAAAAUAAAAUAACCUUUCAGUCUUCAUACUCUUGUUGGUGACAAAGAGAGUUGGUUUCUUUGAUCUUUGCUUUGUUUACAUGAGAAUGUGUCGGUAUAGACCACAAACAUUUCCACAUGCUUGCUAGUUUCUCCUGUCAUGAUUUUUAUUUGACUUUUAAUUACUAUUAGAUUCAAAUUUAUUUCCAUAACCAUAAUUUUGAUGAACUGAACUUCAACUUCAUUGAAGAUACAACUUUUAUAAUAAUAAAAAUAUAAAAGCACAUGUUUGUUCUUGCAAAUAAAUGUUAGUACAUUUCUUAGCUAUCUAUAGGUACUUGUCAUUUGUAAUUAAAAUUAAUUUAUUUUAAGAUGGCACCGAGCCUUUAAAUGAAUGAAAAGCUUUUAAUUUGGGGCUGUAACAUUUAAAUAUCAAAAGUAUGUUUAUUUGUUAAUAUUCUUAUUACAACCAAGAAAAGAGCUACCAAUUAAAAAAUGAAUAAAUGUUUACU